AUGCGGUGGGGCAGGGACAACGAGCAAAACGCCAAGCAGGAGUACAGGCUGUUCAUGGAGAGGAACCACAAAAAUUUCAAGCUACAGGACAUCGGUUUUGUCAUUGAUACUCAGGACUUCUUCAUUGGUGCCUCACCAGAUGGGAUCUGGAGCUGCUCUUGCCUUUGUGUGGGCAUCCUGGAGGUGAAGUGUCCAGCGGACCUUAAGGAGCCAGGCACGCCGAUCACAAGGUUGGACUGCCGCAAUGACAACAUCGAGCUCCCUACCUUUCAUAAGUACUUCACUCAGGUGCAGACCCAGCUGCAUGUGGGCCGCAAGAGUGUGGCCCAUUUUGUUGUCGGGGGGCCGAGCGACGUUCAUGUGCAGGAAGUUGCUUCUGGCAAAGUUUUCUUUGAUCCGAUCCGCAGCAAGACGCGACAGUUCUGGGCGAAACACAUCGCUCCAGAACUCGUGUAA